UGUAGUACGAACAAUACAGAAGCUCUUUACAUAAUAGCGGAGAGGAAGAGUUUGAUUCAUCAAAAUGACUUCCUUCAAUCCUUUCUCUCUUCCGAUCAUCUUCCUUUCCAUGCUUAGCUUCCUCAGCCUUACCGCUCAUGCUGCUGACCCUGUUCUUCUCAACACCGUAUGUGAAAACUCCACUUACAGCGCCAAUAAUAGCAUCUACCAAUCCAAUCUAAAGUCCCUCCUUUCUUCUUUCUCCUCCAACGCCAACAUCGAAUUCUUUUUCACCAACAGUGGCCCAGACACCUCCGACCCCGUCUACGGCCUCUUCGACUGUCGCGGUGAUGUCACCCGUCAAGUCUGCCGUGAUUGCGUGGAAGCAGGAGUGAAAGAGCUAACCAGCAAGUGCUCAAGAGAAAAAAUCGCUAUCACAUGGUACGAUGAGUGCGUUUUACGCUACUCCAUCCGGUCUUUCUUUUCCACCGUCGACGAAAGACCGAUGUUCGGCUUGUUGAACACGCAGAAUGUGACGGAUCAGGAUAAGUUUAAUCAGCUACUGAACGCAUCGAUGAUUGAGUUGUUGAUUGAGUUAGCAAAGGAAACCUCGGAAGUUCCAAUUGGUAUUAAGAAGUUUGGGACCAAGGAAGUGAAUAUCUCUGCGUUCCAAACACUGUACAGCCUUGUACAGUGCACACCGGACCUGUCCAGCACCGGUUGCAAUGAUUGUCUUCGGGACGCUAUAAAACUUCUUCCUUGGUGUUGUAGUGGAAAGCAAGGGGGCAGAGUUGUUUUUCCCAGUUGCAAUAUCAGGUAUGAAUUGUACCCGUUUUACACGAUGGCAGCGAUAGCACCCAUGCCACCUGGACCUCACCCAGCAAAAGGAGAAGGCAAAAUCUCACCGGUAAUUAUUAUCGCCAUUGUUGUUACAAUUGCUGCCUCUGUGGUGCUAGUCAUUCUGGCCUACUGUUUCCUCCGGAGGAGAGCGAGAAAGAAGUCUGAUGCUAUAAAUGAAGAGAGUCCCAAGCAAUCUGACGGUUUGCUUAAUUGUCAUGCUGCAAGUGAAAUAUCAGCUGAUUUAGCUGUAGAAUCCUUGCAGUUUGAUUUUGUGACAAUUGAAGCCGCCACAAACAAAUUCUCAGAUGAAAACAAGAUUGGUGAAGGUGGAUUUGGAAAAGUUUACAAGGGUGUGCUACUUGACGGGAAGGAAGUAGCAGUUAAAAGGUUCUCAUCAAAGUCAUUGCAAGGCUUAGAGGAAUUCAAAAAUGAGAUCAUACUUAUUGCAAAACUUCAGCACAGAAAUCUUGUGAGGUUAUUGGGAUUUGGCAUAGAGGGAGAGGAAAAGCUACUUGUAUAUGAGUUCAUGCCCAACAAAAGCCUUGAUAUUUUUAUUUUUGAUUCAAAAAGACGCCCAUUACUUGAUUGGAAGACUUGCUAUAACAUUAUUAGCGGGAUUGCUAGAGGACUUCUAUAUCUUCAUGAGGACUCCCGCCUUAAAAUCAUUCAUAGGGACUUGAAGCCUAGCAAUGUGUUGUUGGACCAUGACAUGGUUGCCAAAAUAUCAGAUUUUGGAAUGGCGAGGAUCUUUUAUGAAAAACAAAAUAUAGCAAACACCAAAAGAAUUGUUGGAACAUACGGGUAUAUGGCUCCAGAAUAUGCAAUGGAAGGAGUGUUCUCUGUGAAGUCAGAUGUAUUCAGCUUUGGUGUAAUCUUACUUGAGAUUAUUAAUGGGAAAAAGAAUAGUGGCUUUUACCUUACAAAACAUGCCCAAACACUCCUUGCAUAUGCAUGGAGACUAUGGUGUGAAGACAAAGUGUUGGAGUUUGUAGACAACUUCUUGAUGGAAUCAUGUUCGACAUUAGAAAUUGUAAGUUGCAUACAUAUCGGACUUUUGUGCGUGCAGGAAGAUCCACAAGAUAGACCCAACAUGUCGACUGUGGUAGCAUUGCUAGAAAAUGAAUCAAUAGCCCUUCCUAAACCAAGACACCCCGCAUUUUCUGUGGCUAAAUUCAUUCAGAUGGAUGAAUACUCUGUAAAUGAGCUUAGUUUUUCUAGUAUUGUACCACAAUGAACGCGUACAACUGUAUAAGAUUGGCAUUAGGUCUUGCAUAAUGGUGAACUUAAUAUUGUAGACUAAAAAUUCUAUAAAAUAGGAAUAGGAUACGUAUUGGGAAGGAGGUCCAGUUAAUUGAGCAAAUAAAGGUGAUUUUUUGGGUUGAUUUUCUGAGAAGGGAGUUAUGAACUAAGGGACCUUUGGACAAAAUAAACAUGAGACUUUGGACAUAUCUUAUUGAUGGGCCUGCAGGAUGAUUUGGACAGUCUGGAAUUUGGAUUUAACAAAAAAUACUCAGUACCGUUUCCCACAAUAAAGAAAUAGAUCUCACAGGAAUAUGCUUCUAGCCCUAUUGGCACCAACCAUUCUCUUCAGUUUUUGUGUUGUACG